UUUUGCUUCAGUGCCGCUGCGACAGUCAACGAGCAGGGACGGACUCUUUCUAAGACCACAUUUUAAAAAUAUAUUUUUUAAAAUUGAAACUGGUAAUUAAGACUGCAUACACUGUUUUCACAAUAUACCCGGCUGUUACAGUGCAGCGUUAGAAUAUAUAAAGAGUGAAUACCACAGUAACGACAAAAUAAAAGCUAACGCUAACGAUAAGGUCGCGAAAGAUUGGUGGAUUCGGUAGGCCUCUGUUUUGUAGCAUUCGCUAAAAUAUUGAUUACGAUUAUACUUUUUCAGUUGUUGAGCAUAUAACAUACAUAGUCUUCUGUAAACAGUGACUACGGAGCAAGGGUUACUGAAAUUAAAACUUACUCUAUUAUUUUGGAUAUUUAGCUGACAAUCUAAUAUUUGCCAAUCUCUAUACAGUAAGUCAGUGUGUUUCGUCAUUGCUGGGAAUCGCUCUCAGUUCGAUCCAGCUAGCUUUGGGCUACUUUUUAUUAAACAGUAAGUAUGUGAUUGUUUCAUUGACUGUCUUGGUUUAUAAGCUUGACCAAACGUAUCUAAUGGCAACAUUGAAUGUGACCUGUAACAUAUCUUGUAUGCCAAGAAACGUCGACUAAGAUCAGCUGUCGCAGAUAUUUUACCCGUAACGCUGUUUUAAGAUGAACGACUACCGUUAAUGUUGUGACCCUAGACAGAUUGUUUAAGUUCUACGUGUGUCGGUACAUUUAUUAAAUGUUAUUUUCGUGUAAAUGCUAUUUUGUUACUUAAGAUUGCAUUUUCCCCGUCCCUUAAGAUGGAAGCCAGAGUUGUAGUUCUUCAGGCUUAUCAUCAGUUAAGAACUAACGUUAAGUCGUCCAUGUCUAGAGUAAAUAAACAGCCCAGGUCCGGGCUUCAGAUAAUUGCAAAUUCAAAUGUUCUCUAUUCUAGUGUAGAUAACGGUACUUGAGCUUUGCAAACAUGGGUUGAUUCAGCAUUAUAUUGACAGUGAGUUUGUCCACUAAGCUGGACCUCUGGUCCAACCUAGUAAGCUAGAAUUCUGUUUACUCGGAUGUCCUUGCUGAGAGCAUGUUGUCUCAGAAUGCUUUUUGUACAUCAUCUCUGUUGAAAUGUCUCAUUUGUAUUUGUGCAAAUCUGCCUCUCUCUUAAUAACCUCUUUUCAGUUCUAUGGGAAGUGUUUUUGAUUGAUUUAUAGGUUUAAAACCAUCCUCUUGGCCCAUUGUGGGAAUCCCUGGAUAUGGAUAGCUUGCCCCCCCUUCAGAAUACUUUGGCAGAAGAUUUUUUUUUUUCUCUUCAGCUUUGGUAAUCAACAGCUGAAAAUCUCUAGAAGUUUGAAUGCCCUUUUUUCAGCUGCAUCAAAUGUCACCAGGUGUGCAAAAUCCUUCCAAGCCCAUGAAGAAGCUGAAGAUUUUUUUUUCACCCACCAUCCAACCUUUAACCCUUUUUUUUCCACCUCAAUUUAAGCAUUUUUGGAUCUAUUUUUUUUAUUUGCUGGCUGUUUAUGUCCCCAUAUUUCUUUCUUUACAUUGGUUACACCUAUUAAAAAACAUAAUUUAAAAAAAUCCCCCAAGGACUCUAUUGCACCCACCAUCAGUAGUGUUUAGCAGUCUGGCGGAGAUAAAGAUGUCUCAGAGAGUCUCAAAAAAGGGAUGUCGUAGGAAGACAAGUGUCUCUGGGCGACCCACCCCCCUUUUCCUCUUAUCUCACGGAUCAAGUGUUCCUUCAGGACUCCAUACCACCACGGAGACACCCUGCCAGCAGUGCGUUCAAGAGGGAGACAUCUUCUCAGCCACCUCAGGGAGAGUCCUGUUGGCCCUGAAGAGAACCAGCUGCUGGAUUUAAAGGUCAUAACCUCAUCCCCUCCGUCACUCAAGACACAUACCAGCAAUACUAUGACCAACCAUGGAGAUGACUGCUACUUCUUCUAUUAUUCCACCUGCACUAAAGGGGACAGCUGCCCCUUUAGACACUGUGAGGCAGCCAUGGGCAAUGAGACCAUCUGCAGCCUCUGGCAGGAGGGACGCUGCUUCCGUACUGUGUGCAAGUUUCGCCACAUGGAGAUCACAAAAAAUCGAAAGGAGAUACCUUGUUAUUGGGAGAACCAAGCAGCCGGCUGUCAGAAGCCACACUGUGCCUUCUUCCAUGAAAGGCCCCGCUACAUUGAUGGCUCGUUUGUCCCACCUGAUAAAAUUCAAAGCAAGAACAAGGAGCAGCCGCUUGAGGAACCAGCUCUCCCACCAGUUGCCCCUCUUCCCACUGCAGCCAAUCCCCAGCUCAGAGGGAUCAUCAAGACAGAAGCUCAGGAGCCAGUACCGAGUCCCACCCACCCACCAGUGGUGAUUAAUCCAGCAGAUGAUGAUGAAGAUGAGGAUGAUCCAGUCUCAGAGGAGGGAGAGGAUGGCAAGGUUGGGCCUUCUCCUAGAAAACUACCCAAAUCAGGUGAUUCAUUGAACUUUGGAGUGAGCACCUUAGAAGAGAUCAGGCUGAGGAAGGCCCUGAAGGCCAGCAUGAAGAGAGCUGGUUACCCUGUCCAGAGUCCUGAUACCUCAGCCAGCGGAGAGAAAGAAAACAGACAGUCAAUUUUUCAACCAGUCCUCUAUGAGGCGAGAGAUGGUCCACUUGUCUUUGAAGAGACCGUCAGACCAAGAGGCAGUGUGGCUGAAAGGCUUGGCAGGAAGAUACCCCACUCUGGUGGAAUAAGUGUAGAAGCCGUUCCACUGAAAAGGAGUCUGGCUGAGCGUCUGGGAAGAGUUGUGGACGGGGAGGAGCCAGUAAUGCCCCUGCAGAAGGCUUUGAAGCCGAUUAAGGAAAGACUUGGAUUGUCUGCUGGAUCUGUUGCAGCGCAACCAGCUGAAACCAAAGCAGAGCCAAAGAAAGCUCCUGAGCAGAUCCGCAUCAAAACUCUGGAGGAGAUCAGACAGGAGAAGGCAGCAAAGUCUCAGUCCAAAGAUGGCCCUUCAGUCGGGGCUCAUGAAAUCAACAAUACGAAAACAGCCAAGGGUGUGAAACGAGCAAUCACCAAUAGAGAUCACUCUAUCACUCACAUCAAAACAUUUUCCGAGAUCCUUCAUGCCAGGAAGAAAAGACAGGAUGAACAGCAGGGGCAGAGCCCCAGCCCCAAGAAAGCCAAGCACACUGUGGAGAAAGCUCCAGGCAAGAGCCAGGGAGAGUGUAAUUCAGCUGGGCCUUGUCAAAAGGCCAUAAAUGUGGAGGGAGUCAGAGUAAAGACCCUGGAGGAGAUCCGCAGGGAGAAGGCAGCAAGGCUUCAGGUUCAGCAGGCACUGGAGGCUGAAAACAAGAGCUCUGAUACUGAGAGCAGUGCAAAGAAGCCUCGUCUACUGCGCAUCAAGAAACUGGCUUCCCAAACAGGAAACAUCACAUCAGAAGAGAAGAGUGCUGAAGCGACAGAAAGGCUACUGGAAUCUCCUACUCUUUCUCCUGAGACAACCAUCGCCUAUGGUAACAAUGUCAAGGUCAAGACCUUUGAAGAGAUCAUGCGGGAGAAACGCUUUCGCAAGAAGGAAAUGGAGGACCAGGCCAAAGGCUCAGGUGAAGCAGAACCCUGUCAGAAUCAGACCGCUGAAGGAACGCUAAAGAGGAAGGUUCCUGCUAAAGACAGUCUUACAACGCCAGGCUCUUCAUCACUUUCCUCCACCACUCCGGCCCCUGACAAUACCCUUCCAGACCAAAAGGUCCCUGUUCGUAAACUGAUCCCCCUCAAAUCCAAGAGUUCUUCACCUCUGAACAGCAGCAGUACUCCUCAUACAAGAGGAGCUGGUGUUACCUCAGUUCCUGUGAAGCUGAGCUCUUCUCCACUAAAAGAUGAGACUGAGUCUUGCUCACAGAGCCCCAACAGCUCAAGGGAGAACCCACACAAAAACAAAAGGAGCUCCACCACAUCUUCACCAGCCAAGCAGACCAGACCAGCUCCUCAGAGUCCUGCUGCAGACACCCCUACUGCUGAGAAAACACUCAACGGUAAACAGAAGAAUUCUCCAGAACACACUACAGACACCAAAGUGAGGCCCAAACUGAAUGUGAAGCCGUCUGUCAUGAAGCCUGCCGUGCAGGUGAAACCUGGCCAGAAGAGGAGAGGAGCAACGCGGUCUGCUGUGGCUGCUGUUAAACCUCUGAACAGUGCCUCCACACUGCUGGAGGAGCCACUGCAGGGGGUGACAUGCAGAGACACACAGGUGUUCCCAUCUUCCAGUGCAGAGGCUCAGCUGAGCUCUGCUGUUCCCUGUAGUCCCAGCACCUUGUUGGAUUCGGGCUCUAGCUCCAGCCCACUGAGAGAGGAGCUCCAGACUGUCCCUGUCUUCAAACAUGGUCUGAACCAAGAAACCAAGCCGACUGUCAGUGUUGCUGCUGCCAGAGACGCCUGUGCAGUCCCCCAGAGCCUUUCUGUACAUUUCAGCCCAGUGCUGAAGACUCCCACUCAACCCAAAUCACGAAGAACAAGCGUAGCUGCAUCUUCCUCCAGUGCUGCCGCCUCCAGCUCUGUUGUGGAUGACUUUGAGGAGCUCAUCAAUGAAUUCACUGAGGACCAUUUGGAGGGGGAAGACGUGGACCCUGGCAUUGGAGAGGAUGACCUGUUACAGGAACUGUCAGAGAUGAUUGACAGCUGAGGGCUCCAUCAAGCACAAUCACAGCCACACCGCAACUGGUCACCCACGCCCUUGUCUUGUGACUAUAUUUCCUAGAAUUGAAGAACAACAGUAACUAUCUUCCAUGGAGUGCUUUUUAAUUUUGUUUUUCUUAAAAGUUGAUCUUAUUUUAAUCUUGAGGUUCAUAUUUUUUUUUCUGUAAUUGGAGACAUCUUCUCUUCUUUAAUUUCUUCCGCAUUAGAUUAUCUGAUGGCCCAGGGAUUGUUUCACAAGGAUUAGAUGUUUUAAUUUUUUUUUGUUCUUGGUUUGUGUUUUAUAUCAUGUUGUUCCAUGAUCAACGUUUUUCAGAAAAAAAGCUGUGAAGAACAUCCUGUCAGGAACUCCUGGAAGUUAAAUGUUGGGAAUGAUGAAUGUAUCACCUGAGAGAGAAGUCAUUUGUGUAUACUGUGUAUGCAAAGGGAAUGGCAAGCUAAUUAUAGAAAUAAUGAAUUCUGCUGCACUUAGAGUAGCCUGCCCUCAACUACAUGUAUUUUUUUGAAUGUCUGUUAGUGGACAAGACAUCUGUUGCCAGCUAAAUCCCAGAUUAUGACAUAAAAAUCAAUCUUAGUCCAACUAUGACCCAGUCAGCAAAGCUCAGGUCAGAAUCUAAGAGAAUAUGUCCAAAGUUCAUCAGUCUUUUUACUGUUUGGUUGUUUUAUCCAUCAGGUAUACGUGAUCUAUAGAUUUUCUUAUGGAGUGCACCUUCUGCCUGUGACUUUCCUUUAGUGGUUUUAUAAUAUUUGACUUUUUAAACCAGUUUGUUUAUUCAGUGGGCAUAAUUUGAAACAAGUCUGGGAUAAGUGCUCUCUGGUAUUUGUAAUGAACACCUCAGGGACUUUAGUAGUUUAUAUGUUCUUUAUAUUAUUGGCAAACACUGUAUUUCAGUUCUACAAUGCUGUUUUCAGUUGCCUUUUUCUCCUUUUUGUUGUUGAGAAAAGAAACUGAUGUUUGGUCUUAAUACAUGUUUGCUCUGUCCUGACCCUUUCCCACAAAUAUACUGUUCGAAGUAACCUGUACAAAUAACCAUGUAAAUAAAAUUUAAAAAAAAAACAAUGUAAUGACA